UUUUGGAUCCCAGUGGUCUCUCUUAAUCUCUCUCCUAAAGAAUGAAACCCUAAUCUACUUAGUGAAGUUCCAUUCAUGCAAAACAUGACAAAAAGCAGAAUGUUUGGUGCUUUGCUAGUUUGGCAAUCCUAGAAUUUAUCAGCCAAUGGGAUACACUUAGGAAAAAUCAGGACUCCUCCACUCCAACCUAUAAGUGUAUCUAAUUCUCAUCUCUUAUAUCCCAAGCUCACAAACCUCAUUCAACUCCACUCUCCUUGAUCAUAUUGUUCAUAUUUCUGUAGCUAGCUACCUUAACGACAUCAUGGGUGUGUUCACUUUCACAAAUGAAUACACUUCCCCAAUCCCUCCGGCAAAAUUGUUCAAGGCCCUGGUUUUGGACUCACAUAACCUAAUUCCCAAACUCAUGCCUCAAUCUAUUAAGAGCAUUGACCUCCUCCAAGGCGAUGGAGGGGCUGGAAACAUCAAGCAGAUCAACUUCAUUGAAGGUAAUUAUGCUUUUUUGCUUGGUCAACUUAGCAGCAUGAAGAAUCACGUGGAUGAGCUGAACUUAAAGACAUUCACGUACAAGUAUACCAUGAUCAAUCUUAAAGAGAAGUUUGAAUCUAUUGUUUACGAAGUCAAAUUCAAGCCAACACAAGAAGGCGGGAGCAACAACAAGAUGACAAGCACGUAUUCAACAAAGGGAGAUGUUGAGCUUAAAGAAUAGGACGUAAGGCAGGCAAAGAGCAAGCCCUCGGAAUGUACAAGGUCGCCGAAGCAUACCUCCUCCAAAAUCCUGACGCUUAUGCUUGAAACUUCAAAUUCUCUAUUUAGUAAUUUAAGAAG